AUGACUAAAAGAGUCUACUCAGCUAGCCUCAGCAGGGACUUUGAAUCCUCCGUGAAAAUGGAUGACCUGUCCGCUCCGCUGCUCGACCCCCGGGAGCCCGUGGACACCCUCCCUCUGAGCGUGGGGGAUCCGGUGGUGUGCAUCCUGGGCUCUGGAGACUUCUCUCGGUCCCUGUCCACGCGGCUGCUGAGCUGUGGCUGCAGAGUGGUGAUGGGCAGCAGAGACCCAGGCAGACUGGCCCCAGAUCUGGUCCCAGCAGGAGUGGAGCUCAAGACGCAGGCACAGGCCCUGGAGGCGCUGGCCGAGGCUGGGGGCUCCCUGGUGUUCCUGGCCCUGUACCCAGAGCACUACCCUUCCCUGCUGCCUCUCAAGGCGCUGCUAUCGGGCCGGACCCUGGUGGAUGUGAGUAACGCCUCCGCUCUGCAGCACCAGGGCCAGUCCAACGCUCAGAUCCUGGCCCAGCUGUUCCCCUGCUCCUCUGUGGUCAAGGGCUUCAACGGCCUGUCUGCCUGGACUCUGCUCACCGGGGCGCACGAUGCCUCCAGACAGGUGCUGGUGUGUGGAGACAGCCCCUCCUCCAAGUUGGCGGUCCAGUCUCUGUGCCGCCGCCUGGGCUUCAGUGCGGUGGAUGUGGGGGGUCUGUGUGCCGCGAGAGCCGUGGAGGAGGCGCCCCUGCAUCUGUUCCCAUCCUGGAGAGGCCCCCUGCUCACUACCACACUGCUGUUCGUCUGCUUCUACCUGUACGCUGCACUUGCACACGUCCUGCUGCCCUUUCUGGACCGCGGACAGAACAACCUGCACCACUUGGCCCUGGUCACGGUCAACCAGGCACUGCCCGCGGUCGCUCUGGUCACUCUGGCACUGGUCUACAUGCCAGGCCUGUUUGCGUCGCUGCUGCAGCUCUACAGAGGCACUAAGUACAGGCCCUUCCCUGAUUGGUUGGAUCACUGGAUGUGUGCUCGGAAGCAGCUGGGCCUCCUGAGCUUCCUGUGUGCUGCGCUGCAUGCGGUCUACAGCGUGUGUCUCUCCAUACGGCGAGCCGCGGGCUACAUGAUCCUCAACGCCGCUUUUCGACAGGUGAAGCAGGGUGUGGCCGACUCGUGGGAGGAGGCCCAGGUGUGGAGGUCAGACCUGUACCUCUCCAGUGGAAUUCUGGGACUUGGAGUUCUGUCUGUGCUGGCCCUGACCUCUCUGCCCUCUGUGGGACACACUCUGAACUGGAGGGAGUUCACUUUUGUACAGUCGGGCCUGGGUUACCUCUCCUUGGCCCUCUCCGUGGCUCACGUCCUGUUCUUCGGCUGGGACAUGGCGCUGCACUCGUGGGCAUACCCGUACUUCCUGCCGCCGCUCUUCUUGCUGUCCCUGGUCCUGCCCUGCUGCGUGCUGAUUGGCCGGCUGCUGUUGCUGGCGCCCUGCUGUGCCCUCAGACUGCACAAGAUCCGCAGGGGCUGGGAGAGUUCCCGACACCAGCCCAAGGAGAGAGCAGAGACCCAGGCCCUCAGCGGAGAUGUACAGAAAAAAGUGAAAGGAAGUGUAAAACAUGGAAAGUCCCUCAGACAAAGAAUAUACAGCUCAGUGAGGCCAGAGAGUGAGAGCAGAGAGUGGAGGAGGAGGAGGAGGAGGAGGAGGAGGAGGAGGCUAAUAUCCUUGUUUUCAUUUCAAACACAGGGGAAAGCAAAGGUGAAAGUGGUUGUCAACACUGAGCCCUCACCCACACGGCCACUUCAGCAGCACGUACAACCGCUGGUCACCAGCCUCGCUGUCACUUUGGACUGGGAUUUUAUAUUUGACACAGAAGGUCCAGAUGGAAUGAGGAAAGGAACUCAAGCUGGUGCUGAGUCCACUUUGGGGGAGGAACUAUCUCCUUCCUCUUCUCGCACUCAGGUCCAAAUACAUGUGAAAUUCAGCUUGAAUCAACAUGAACUUAACAGUCUAAAGCCUCAAAUGUGGAAAGAUCAAUCAGAUCAAUCAAUCACAAUAGUCUUAAGGAAUUGA